GGGGAAUAAAACGGUGCGCUGCGACAACUGAUGUCUCAGUGCUCGACUGUCGCUGGUCAAUAACAGGUAUGGCAAACUCUAACAGCACCCACAUUGAAAUUUCGCACAUCUUCAGGGGAACAUUUGUCCACUCGACCCCGCAAACACCCUUGGAAGUCUUAGAAGAUGCGCUCCUCGGGGUGGAUACAGAUGGAAAGGUUUGUCACGUGCUUUUUUUAGACGUAGAACAGUCGUUAAAAAUGAACUUUCUAUAUUUACUGUCUGUAUUUUGUAAACGAAAGUGCCGGGUCAUACGUGUGUGCUAUUCACGAGUUGACGAAAUAUAAUGCGCUCUUGUGGCUAUUCCCAAACUUUACGCGAACAGUGAACAAAGAUGAAACGCUUUCAUUUGAAAUAUAUUAAAUCCGUUACAUAAUACAGUAAUCAUCUCCUACAGUGAGCUGUUGCUGAGCAACUUUCUCAAGUACUGUCACACUCAAGAACCUGAAUGACAGUCUGAAGUGGACUCUUUCGAUUCAAAUGGGAUAUAAAUCCAUGAAUUAUUCUCCCAACAUCAGUAGAACAACAGAAGCUUCCAUACUGUCAAAGUAUAUUGUUAUUAAUAAGAAAUUACAAUAAGUGGGCAUUUUUAAAACUGCAAUCUGGCUAUUUAAGAAAAAUACCAUGAUCUCUGCUUUUAGCACCACUAAAGUUUCUGAGGAGACCUUUUGUUGUAUAAAAGUUGAGUGAUUUUUAAAGGAUCAAAUAUAAACUAGAUAUUCACAUACUUUUGUGGGAACAGUUUUUGCCUUCAUUCUAGCCUUAAUUCAGAUAUGAGGUUUGCAUAAUUUUCUUCGCUCUCUAAGCCUUAUCAAACACUGUUAAACUUGUUGAUUGUGUUUCAUAAUGAACUCUGUGUCGCUUUCCAUCAGAUUGCUUUCAUUGGAAAAGGUGCUGAGAUAGACAAACUGUCUCAAACUUUUGGGUUCAGUGCGACUAAUAUCACUCAACUGGCUCAACAGUAAGCAAAUAGUAAAACUUAAGUACUGAAUCCGAAGAAUUUUACUACAGUAUUUCAGAGCUUUAAUGCUGGCUGUAUUUGAACCAUUUUCUCUGUCGCUCUCCAUGGCAGUGAGUUCUUCAUGCCAGGACUUGUGGACACUCACAUCCAUGCAUCACAGUACAGCUAUGCUGGCACAGCCCUGGAUAUGCCCUUACUGCAGUGGCUUAAUACCUACACCUUUCCUGUGGAGUCACAAUUCAAGGACCUGGAGUUUGCCAACAAAGUCUACAGUCAAGUGGUGGUGGGUUUGCCGAUACUAUGAAAUAACAGUCCUUUAAAAUGUGUGUUUCAGGUUGUACCUUUGUAAGUUGAUGACACCUGUCAGAAAAUUCAGUGAGGCCCCCUCUAUUGUCACACAGCCUGUGAAUUGAAGAGGCAUAGGAAUAAUCCUACCUAGCUCAACUGCAUUUUUGAAUGUAAUGUCUGUAAUAGGAUCCUCUGCUUUACAGAGACGGACCCUGAGAAACGGGACAACUACUGCAUGUUACCACGCCACCAUACAUACAGAUGCCUCUCUCCUGCUGGCACAGAUCACAAGUAAGAUGCUUACACAACUUUAAACUGAAUAUUUUUUAAGGUCAUACAUUAACUAUUUUUAGUUUUUAUGUUAAGUAAAACUUAAGGGUUCAAGAGACUAGACCCUAAUUCUGGGUGAUAUGAUAUCAAGCAUACCGACUUGAAGGUUAACAUCAGAGCAGCAUGUUACGUAUAGUUAGUUGUGUGACAAUCAGGAUGUAGAAACGAAGUCAGUGUUAUCAGGAGGGCAGUGGUUGUUUACGUGAUAAUGGAACUUUAAGCCCUGUUUUUCCGUAUCAGAACAACAUGAGCCUUUGACCCCUCGAAUUAAGCCCAGAAAUUGAAAUGUGAAACUUUAAACUGAAAGUGCUUUAGUCAGGGGUAGACUGCUCCUACUCAUGUGCUCUUACUCCUGUCUCACGUGGUAGUGUCAGCCAGGUCCUAACACACUUAUUUACUUCACCUGUAAGGCUUAUCUGCAUGUCCUGUUAUGCAAUCCUGAAAACACACAGGCGAGCGCUCACAUAAACGUGUAAUAAUUCAAUCACAUUGCAUCGAGCAGUGGCUUUGGCAGCUUUACGCAGUCGUUUUGUGUAAUCAGGGCUGUUGAACUCUCACCUUUGUCCUGUUCUGAGCAGCAGACCCAUUUUAAAGAGCAAUGUUGUUUUUCAACUCAAGUGUAUGUGUGGUGUGCAUAUGUAUGAGGAACUCCAACUGAAUUAAUUUCAAGUCAUGUUUUUGUUUUACUUAUGUCUUAAUUCUGAUUUUUCUGUCUCACAAACAAAAAGAAAUGCCUGCAAACUAACCCUACUAAGGAAUAUUUCCUCAUGUCAAAAUUAUGUUUAGUCUGACGCUGAAGCUCUCAGAGAAGCUUCAGCACAUUUUCUGCCUGAUCUGACGGAAGAUGUUUGGUCACGGUGGCACAAAGCUCUCUUACACUUUGUGAGAGACACACUUUGUACACUGUUACUCUACACUCGAGGAAGCAGAACCUGAUUACCACUGGAUAUAGUCCGUAUAACCUCUUAUAUUUCUUCCUUGCUUGACCAAACACCACUGGUUUUGUGCAAGAAAGUUAAAGCAAAUUCUGAUGAGUAAUGUGUACAAAUAUGAUAGAUUGAUAAUGACUAUGGUAAUUCAAGUACCAAUUCAAGUAUUGAUGUCAAAAGAAUCACAGUCCUUCGUUGUUAUUCUCAUCAAUAACCGUUUACAGAGUCUCCAGUUCAUAUUUAUUCAUUUACACCUUAAAAAUACUAAAUCAUCUCAGUAGAUAGAUAUUAAAAUCUCAAAUGUACACAUAAGGUACAGCCAGACAGGUCAUACACUAUAAAACAGAGACAGAGAGACAAUCAAGAGCUCGUACUCUGCAGUGUGGUUUGCUGUAGUGUUGCAAACAGCUUGCAGACAUUAUAAGUCGUGAUUUCCAGUCUUGUGAAUUGUCUCAGAAACAACAAGUCAGAAUUAAAAACUAAUUUUCAAUUGACUGUUUUUAUCAAACAUCAAAUCACGUAAAGAAUCCUUCUUUUGUGUUGAAAUCUCAGAUUAGAAAAGGUCAUUAGGCUGUUGGAGGAUUUUAUGAAUUAGGUCAACAGCCGUGGAAUUCAUUAAUUCAGUUCAGACUGGACCACACCGGAAACAAUAGUUUCCCUGAUGGCUAUGUUAGCUGUUGUUUGUUAGGUAAUUCAUACAUCAAGAGGAAAGCAUGGUGUUCCUCUUUCUCUAUCUCUUUCCCUCAAUUUGUACAUGGGUUGUAUUAAAGCACAGAGAUCAGAUCAGCUCACAUCUUGCCAGUUUUGUCAACUUAAUGCUGGAGAUAUCAGUCAUGUAGAUAUUUUGAUAAGUAACCAAUUCAUAUCGCAUAUUUUUAAUAACUAUCACAAAUUGCUUUCUUGAAAGAACUUUUUCCAUCUUGUAUAUUGACUUAAGACAUUAUAGUGUAAUCUCUUAACAUUUGGUAGGACUGAUAUGCUUGAAACAUCUGAUCCUAGCACUAAACUAUAGCAAGACUACCCCUACAAGAGGGAUAAUGUGUCAAAAAUCAGUAAUCUGGACAUUUAAGUCAGUGUUAAUUUUCAGUUCAUGAAGUAUAAAAACUGGUAAAUGAAUAGUCUACAUACUUACUAUUAUUGAGGCUUUUGUUGUGAUACUCAGGCAGUUCACUUACUUUUUCUGAGUAUAGCUUUCAAACAUAAAGGCGUGGCGCUCCAUGGAAAUCUUUGUCACUCUAUGUUUGUUUAAUUACAUCUUAAGAGAAAGAUGACUUUCACUUCUGGGCAAAGCCACAGUCAACCUGAAACUGAAAACACCCUAACCCUAACCCUAACCCAUGUUUCCCCAACCUUGAGACAAAAACAUGUUUGAAAAAUAACACAAACUACCCUAAACACCCUGAGGCACCAUUUACCUGUUCUGUGGUUAAGAGCAUCUACUGUAUAUUUGUGAAGGGACAGCUACAGCUAAAUGACUUUCUAUUUCUCAGUCUGACAUGCACAUUUAUAUUUUGUGUGGUAAUGCCCAACAAGACAGAUUUUUUAAUCAGCUUUUGACUUUGGCAUGGGAAGGGCCUAAUAGUCUGAGUUUAAAACCCAACUGAUUCAGUAGGAUAUAGUUCAAAAGGCUGUAAAGAGACAGUAAUACUGUUUUUACUCUAAAGAGAGAAGUAAUUUCAUGAAAUUUCACUAGAAAAUUUCACAAUCAUCCUCAUUACUCACUUAUCUUGGUUUAUUUCUGGCAGAUGAGCUGGGACAGCGUGCCUUGGUGGGGAAGGUGUGUAUGGACAGGAACAAUGCGGUUAAACAUUACAAAGAAACCUGCCAAGAAUCUCAAGAGGAAACCUGUCGGUGAGUGUUUGCUUGAUAUCAAAUCUGACAGACAUGAGAGACUUUUAUUCACAGACAGAAAACCUACAAUACAAGACUUCGACUUAUAUAAAAAGAUUUAGAUAAAAAGCAUCAGCAAAGUAAAAUCAACAACAAGUGUAAGAAUAGGAAACAAAAUAUAAACAAAUUAAAAUUUAAAAGUGAACACAUGUUUGUUGUUGCUCCAAAAAUUGGCUUUUUUAGCCUACGGCAUGUGUUUUCUGAUGUUCCUGAAGACAGCCUCUAGUGGACAUUCGUGUAACUGCAGUUUUUAGCAUAUCUGCAUCAGCCUCAUUUCUUAAGACCAGGGGUUGUUGCUUGUUUUGGAUUUUUACCAUCAAGAUACAAAGAGGAUGCAUGAAUCAGAUCGUUUUGCAUGUCUUCUCUUGUCCCAAGCAGAUACAAGUACCUCCAACUGCUGACAAAAAUGGCAAUAAAAAUUAAUUAUCCCGAAGAUGGUAUGUCAGUCAGAGAGAAGGGCUUCAGAUGAAUGAAAGAAACUCCUCAGCAACAAUCCAGAGCCAUUAUUUGCAGACUUCUUCUGCAGAUGCAACUUCCUGUACUUUACUCAUCGCUCAGCAUUGUUUGACUUGUUUGCUCACAUCAAGAAAAUGACAGUAAGGCAUAUAGACAUAGUGCAGUAUGUGAAGAUGUAGACAUCGCCUGUCCCAACAUAGCCAUGAACAUCUGCCACAGUGGAAAAGUGAUGAGUCAAGGAUCGGACAAAAAUUAAGAACAGUUUCCAAACACUAAAAUCUGUGUCAGCAUCCAUAAUUUCAGCCUUUCCUCUUUAACAAGUAGUGCAGACCAAGUCACCAAUAACAAUAACCUGCCUCCAAAACCUUCCACUGAAUCAACACCCAAUCUUUCUAACUGUUUCAGUGUACACCAGACAUUUAGUGGAAGAAUUAAACUCCUUGGUUAGCCAGCAGGAGACUGAGAGGAAGGACUAGAUGAGGAUAAUCAAUCUCUGUGGGCAUCACCACAAAGAAUGACAGUAGACGUGUUAACCUUUUCAGCCCAACACUAAUCCUGCACCAGGUGUCCUAGAAAAGAGCUCCUGAAACCUUUUCCUCCCCUCAACAUCUCCAACACCUUCAUGUCCACCUUCAGCCCUUCAAACAGGAUCCAUUGCUUUGCUAGAUUACAAUGUAACUGCCUGCUUAAAAGAGAGUAUGUAUUUGGCUACAUAUCUAAUGAGAGUUCAAAACCCCAAACAGAGACACAUAUUAACAUCACACAGAUUCGGCAAGAUUAAAAGUUGAGACAAGCCAGCAUGAGAAUGAUUUGUGUGUGUGUGUGUUACUGUUGAAUAAAUAUGUGAAACUAUUGUUGAAUUUGGACUAAACCUGGUGUUGUGUUUAUGCUUUUAUUGAUGCACUGUGGGCUGAGUUUAUCAGUUUAUCACAGAGACUUUGCAUGCACAGUCAAGUUUAUUUUACGUGAGAAUGUACCUGACCUGGAAAAAUUACAACUAGUCUUUGUUUCCUCAAGGUUCAUUGCAGAGCUCUUGAACAAAAAGGUAAAAAAAAUAGUUAAACAUCAUAAUUCAAAUAUAAAAGUAGAUUAGUUGAUGUUUUGUCUCGUGUUUCUCAUCAUCUGAUUCUCUUUUUUUUUUUUCGGUCAAGUACCCUCGGGUGAAGCCGGUGGUGACUCCUCGCUUUGCUCCAUCCUGCACAGGAGCCUUGCUAGGACAGCUGGGAGCCAUUGCUAAGAAUAACAACCUGCACAUUCAGGUAAGGUCGCUGUGACAACCGAACUGGGCUAUGUCUGCAGGGGACUGUUGCCAUAGAGACCACAAAGAGUUGUACCUCAGUGGUUCAAAGAAACAAGUCAAUUUUGUACAGUUAGAUGAAGUCCAGAGGGAAUGAAAAACCACCUGUUACAUAACGAAGUUGAAGUUGGUUAUCCACUUACCGCACAAAUCCAGCUCUGCCUGAAUGCUUUUAUGAACACUUUGCCAAGAUUUGCUCAGGGCAACAAUUUCACCUGUAAUUUACUGUGGUGUGUGUUUCUUUCCAGAGUCAUGUCAGUGAAAAUGUAGAGGAGGUGAAGCUUGUAAAGGAGCUGUUUCCUGAGUCAGAGUCUUACACAGACGUUUACCACAAAUACAACCUGCUCACCGACAAGGUAAGGGAGACGUUCUCAUGUCUGUUAGUCAUUACAAAAGCUGUAACCUUUGUUUAACUUAUUCUGGUGUGAUUUACAGACAGUGAUGGCUCAUGGCUGCUACCUCACUGACGAAGAAUUGACUCUGUUUCGGGAAACUGGAGCCUCUGUGUCACACUGUCCCAACUCCAACAUUUCGUAAGUUUCACAUCAUUUCCAAAGACUAUAUGGUGACCGCAUGCAAUGAAAAUACCACGAGGAGCUGCACCAGACAGAUUUUACAGCACAAAUGAAAUAUUACUGUAAAUCCUUGAAUCUUGAGCAAUGGAAUGACUGAAAUAUUACUCAUUAUGUGAUGAAAUUACAUGCAGACAUAAUACAAGAUAUGUUACAGUGAAAUCAAAUCUAUGUAAAAGUAAUAUUUUUCUCUUUCCAUCUUCCUAGGUUGUGCAGCGGCAUCUUAAAUGUCCGAAAAGUCUUAAAACACAAAGUGAAACUGGGCCUGGGAACAGGUGGGCAUGCAUUCCACUCAUGAGUAUUGCCAGACCACUUUAAACAAAGUUUCUGACACCAUUUUAAAGAGUAAAAAUGUGCUUGGUGAUUUUGGAGAAAAGAGCCGACUGCAUUAGUGAAACGGUGUGAAAAGAAAACUGUUACAUAUUAAUCUGGUUUCACAGCAGUCAGUCUUUUUAUUGUUUUAAUUGAUGCAGUCUACAGAGAGAUUUGGCAUGCAGGGCAGCUGACCAUCAGCUGAUCACUGAUCGAGGGUUUUGGUGGUUUAUUCACUAAAGAAGAUUUUACUCAGGCCUCAAUCUUUUUUACACUUUUUUGUGUUUAUGUGGUUCGGUUCAGAUGUGGCAGGGGGAUAUUCUGCCUCCAUGCUGGACGCUGUGAGAAGAGCUCUGGACUCGUCUAAAGUGUUGACCAUCCAGGACCCGGAGUAUGACACGCUCACCUUUGAGGAGGUUUUCAGGCUGGCCACACUGGGAGGAAGCCAAGGUAGAAUCCUCAAAAACACCAUUAACUGACCUGAACAUCAAAGUUAGAAUAAAACGUUCAAGUUUUUGGUCUCAAACACCAGAGAGAGUCUGUUUUCAGGGACUUAUCACACUUAGAUAGAGUCUGCAUGAGAGCACUGCAGCAAAAUGCCUGAUUCACUACACCAGGAGCUACAGAAAGAUAUUUUUAGGGGUGACCAAUUACAAUUUUACAGCACAGGGGAGAACACAAGAGCUUCCUUUAAGACCUCUUUUUCACUGCAGCCUUAUCCAUGGACGACCAGACCGGGAACUUUGAAGUGGGGAAAGACUUUGACGCUCUGAGAGUGAAUGUAGCUGCUCCAGGUGGACCCAUAGACCUGAUCCAGACUGAUGAACCAAAGGUUUGUAAAUCACAAUGUCUUGAUGUAAAUAAUGGAACUUGCUAGUAUAUCAACACAUCAAGACUUAGUAUUCCAAUAUAUUAAGCUCCACUUUAACACUUGUUUGUUUCUUGAUUUCAGAUUCUUUUGGAGAAGUUCUUGAAUUUGGGUGAGUUUUGCCUUAUUUCUCGUUCCAUACUUCAGUCCAACACAAUUUUUACCCAGACUUGAGUUCCUUUUUUAUCUCUUUGCAGGUGAUGAUCGAAACAUAACGGAGGUGUUUGUUGCUGGGAGGAAGGUGGUGCCAUUUGACAAAGAUCAGACAAACUAAAUACAGAAGAUGAUCAUCAGGAGACUGGACACAGGACAUUAUCACAGAAACCUACCUUUUUUUAUCUAAUGGACCUUUUUCUCAUUCAGGGAGGGUCAGACAACACUGUGGUCAGCUGUGUUCAAACUCUGUCCUCAAAGUCAUCUUUCACAGGAUUCAACCCAAGGGACUGAUCAAGUGUGCCGAACCUCUCAUUUUAACUGUUAGUUAUUGCUGUUAGCUUGUUACUAACUUUGAACGGCUAAAAAAACAGAAAUCUUAUUGUUCUCUUUGCACUUUUGUAGUUUUAUCUACUUGGAUUUCCUCUCUCUUAGCUAACUGAUUACAAAAUAUGAAAAUGCUGGUAAAAUGAAAGCAAAGAGGACCCUCAUUAUUGUCCAUUUAUAAUGAUAUCACAAUUGUGUUACCAAAUGAAACUGAAACAGAACAACUAUCCAUAAAGGACUUUGUGCUGGAGCUAUAAAGCUGCUCAGUAAAACUGCAAUGCUUGACCUCAUAAGCGGUCAAUAAUCUCAAUUUCGUGCUUGUGUGAAUACAAUUGUUUUAUGAUCAGAGGGUUUAUAUUUUACUCAUGACUCAUUUGGUUUUAGCACUCCAUAUUCCAGUCUGGUGAUUAAAAUGACAAAGGCAUGUGAUUGUGCUUUAAUCUCUUUAGUUUCACUUUGACUUUUGAUGGGGUUUUUUUGUGCAAUUAACAUAAGACAGCGACAGCAGGACCCAUGAUAUUAUUUUAAAGAGUUACAGAUUCUGUUAAAGUUCCAAGUGAGUUUAUAACAUUUGUUUUAUUUAACCUUGAGUACAGCUAAUACAUGACUGAUCCACUCAAAAAUCCACCUUCUGUUUAGGACUAAGACAUGAAUGAAAUUGCCCUGGCUUAGUUCCUUUUUAUUCAAAUCAGGUUGUUUAUUUUUUAUUUUUGAGUGCAAUACUGCUUUUCACACAAAGUAUUCAUCAUGAAUCUAUAUUUAAAUUGAAUGGAUCCCUUUUGAAUCUAAAAGAAAUAAAGGGAAAUUAAAUACA